AAAUAUUCGUUCAAAUACCAAUAUCUUAUUUUUAAAUUUACUACUAGAAAGGAGUGUCCAUUAACAUUUAAUGCUGAGGUUGUGAUCGCAGGAGUAGGUGAUGCGAAGAGGAGGAGGCUAUAAGAGGAUUAGCAGUUUCAUCACAGUCACACUGAAACUCUAGCACCAACCACCAAACCCUCUCAAUUUUUGCUUGCCUUCUCUCUAAAACCUUCUCUCACUUUCCCCAAUCAUGGCUUCAUCAAACAGACACUGGCCUAGCAUGUUCAAAUCCAAGCCCUGCAACACCACUCACCUCCAGUGGCCGCAUGACAUCAACUCAAUUUCAUCAACCAAAUCCCCAUAUGCACAAGGGCACGGAUGCGACGAGAGAACACCGGAGCCGAAACCGCGCUGGAAUCCUCGGCCGGAGCAAAUCCGGAUUCUGGAAGCCAUCUUCAACUCGGGGAUGGUGAAUCCUCCCAGAGAUGAGAUUCGGAGAAUUAGGGCUCAGUUGCAGGAAUACGGCCAAGUCGGAGACGCCAAUGUCUUCUACUGGUUCCAGAACCGGAAAUCAAGGAGCAAACACAAGCAGCGCCAGCUCCAGACCUCCAAGGCUCAGCCUCAAUCCGCCGCCGCGCCGCCGCCCGCUCCAUCUCCGUCGUCAUCCUCCUCCGACAAGUCCUCGAGCGAGAAAUCCAUCUCUGUGGGUCCGGCCUCUGUGAUCGACUUGCUCAGCUCUCCUACUGCUUCGGUGAACCAACCGUUUUUCCAUGGCUCGACCGACUUCCUGUCGGAACCCUUGUAUUUCCCGGUGCAGCAGAGCGCCGCUCAGGAGUUUGGCUUUCCGGUGGCGGAUCAGAAUCCGAAUUUCCUUCUUAGUGAGCUGAUGCUGAUGAGCAAUUGCCCUUCCAAGAAGAAUGAAGAGCAGUUCCAAUCUGCGCCGACAAACCCUCCGGCUGUUCCUCCGUCUUUCUGCGUCCCUUCUCCUAGCAGCGAUCAUCUUCUUCAAGGUGUGGAGGAAUGCGUCCCCACGAAAUCAACGGUGUUCAUCAACGAUGUGUGCUUCGAGGUUGGAGUUGGGCCGUUCAAUGUGCGCGAGGCGUUUGGCGAUGACGCGGUGCUCAUCCAGUCGUCCGGGCAGCCCGUGCUGACCGACGAGUGGGGCGUGACGCUGCACCCUCUUCAUCACGGCGCUUUCUACUAUCUCCUCCGCCCCUUUAUCAAGAUUUGAUUUGGAAGAACUGAGGAAGGGUGGGCAUAAGGUGGUAGAUGAGUAUUUCUAGUUUUGUAAGGUUUUAUAAUUUUCUUCAUAAUGGCAACUCCUGUUGGAUCAUCAAUGUUGGGAACAAUCUCUACAUGUUUUUAGGGACGAAACUGUAGUUACUAAGUUGUUCUGUUUUUUUCUCUUCAUCACUUAGUAUUAUUGUGUACGUUUUAUGUCUGUCUUUUCAAAUCAAAGGUAACUGA